UCGCCCCAGCUCACAGCUCGCUCCCUCCGCCUCUCCCUCCUAUCUGCAUAGAAAUGAAAGAGCCCUAAUCUUGGCCCGCGGUAAUAACCAUCGUGAUCAUCACUCAAACCCAUGCUUGCGGUGCCGCUCCACGCGCGAUCACCGGCAGCACAGCGCAGAUCAAAGAAUCCAAGCGCGAUCGCUGUGGCGCGGCUAGAGAUCCCUGACCAGGAAAAACCCCCUUAGGAUAGAAAUUUUAGGGUUCUUCAAAAUUUUUACUCCAGGUCUCGCGGAGCGAUGGAUGUCUGAGGUGAGCUGACUCGGGCAGCUAGUGAUUCCAAGCAAUGCGAUGCCAGUAGAGGUGGGGAAUGGAUGCCGUGGCGGAGGGGCUAUGGAUCUUGGCGGACAGGUUUGAGCAGAGUGGAAAUAUUUCGCAGGCGGUCAAAUGCUUGGAGGCGAUUUGCCAGAGCCGCAGCCCUUUCCUGCCGAUUGUGGAGGUCAAGACGCGGCUCCAGCUCGCUACUGUGCUCCUCAACUACACAGACAAUCUACUGCACGCUAAGAAUCAUCUGGAACGAGCGCAACUACUGUUGAAGCAAAUACCUUCGUGCUUUGAGCUCAAAUGCCGAGCAUACAGUCUACUCAGUCGGUGCUAUCAUCUCGUGGGGACGAUCGGUCCCCAGAAGCAAGUUCUCAAGAAAGGAUUGGAUCUGGCUGUUACUGGUGAUGGAUUGUCACCAUUGUUAUGGGUAUGCAACUUCAACUUACAGCUUGCCAAUGCCUUGACGAUAGAGGGCGAUUUUCCUAAUGUCAUCCGAGCCUUGGAAGCCGGGCUCGUGUAUGCUUCGAAAGCUCAGUUUCCGCAGCUCCAGCUACUGUUUGCAGUAUCAAUGCUUCACGUUCAUCUUAUGGAAAGCGACAAUCUAACCGCUCUGCAGCAAACUGUGAGCCUUUGCGACCAGCUUUGGGAUCAACUUCCUCACCAAACGAGGGAGCUGCAUCCCGGACUACACGUCUACAACCAGCUGCUUCAUGUCUUCUACUUUCUGCGUGUAUGCGAUUACAAGGCAGCCUCCCAUCACGUCGAGCUUUUGGAUGCGGCACUGUCUAGCAAGUAUGAAACAGCCCGAUUACAGUUGCUAGCUCCCGAAGAGAAACAAGCGUGCAUGUCGACACUAGAAAUGCAGGAUCAUGACUUACAGAAGGAGAUGAAAAUCCUGCAAGGGCAGCUGAAAGAACAGGGCAUCCACGAGCAAAAGAGGAAUGAGUUGGUUGGAUUCUAUCACGAGUUGGACCGUCAGCUAGAGGGACUCAAAGAUCAGGAACGCUUCUACAAGUAUCUCUUUUACGGCAACGCGUGGAAGCAGGAGAGCAAACUGCCACUGGGUGUUUUUCCACUCGAUGGUGAGUGGCUGCCAACAGGUGCUGUGCUGAUUUUGGUGGACUUGAUGGCUGUGACAUGCGCUCGUCCAAAAGGCAUGUUUAAAGAAACGACGAAGCGCCUUCAAUCUGGUUUAAGUAUCGUUAACGGAGAACUUGGAAAGCUGGGAAUCACAUCAUCUACUCAAGAAACUCAUUUACCGCACUGGAGCAUAUGGAUGGCCGGCGUAUAUCUUGUGCUCCAGUUCCAGCUUCUAGAGAACAAAAUCCUGAUUGACCUGACACGAACCGAAUUUAUGGACGCUCAAAAGGCUUUGAUGGAGGUGCUGGAUCUCUACUUUCGAUUUCCAACGAUUCUUCAAGGUUGUGAAAGCUCAAUUCACAUGCUCUUGGGCCACUACGCACAUUCUGUUGGCUGCUUUCAGGAGGGAGCUCUGCAUUUCAUCGAAGCUGCUAAGCUUACUGAGAGUAAAGCCUUGAAAGCCUUAUGCCAUGUUUAUUCGGCUAUAUCUCUUAUCUGCUUGGGUGACGCCGACUCGUGUUCCCAGGCUCUUGACUUAAUAGGACCUGUCUAUAGAUCCAUGGAUUCUUUCAUUGGAGUUCGAGAGAAGACGCUAGUGCUCUUCGCAUCAGGUCUUCUGCAAAUGAAGCAACAUAACCCGCAAGAAGCACGGACACGGCUUGCUAAUGGACUAAAACUAACUCACAAACAACUCGGCAACCAUCAACUGGUUUCCCAAUACCUUACUGUGCUCGGAAGCCUGGCCCUUGCUAUCCAUGACACCUCGCAGGCCUUGGACAUCCUCAAAUCGUCGUUUACACUGGCGAAGGCUCUUCACGAUGUUUCAGGACAGAUUGGUGUCCUAACGGAAUUAACCGCUUUGUACAGGGAACUUGGCGAAGGUGCAAAGCUCCAAGAAAACUUCCAAUUCGAGGAACGCAAAGUGGAGGAGCUCGCACGGCAUAUCCAGACUGCUGUGUCGUCGAGCCACCACAUGUAUCUUUUAAAGCACGGUCUGAACCAGGAAACUUAGGACUCAUUCACUCGACUGAUCGACUCCUCUUUUGUUUUUCGUAUCCCCCCAUGCGAGAUAAACCGAAAGGUUGUACACAAGUUCUUACAAAACCUUCUAUGCUCGCGGCUUUGGUU